GGUUCUCUCUCUCAGUGGAAAAAGAAGUGGAGCUCGACACAUUCCUAUUGUGAUCGGAAAAGGGGGAAAAGACAUGGCACUGAGCGCUACGGUGAUCGGAGCUUUGCUGGGACUAGGAACCCAGAUGUACUCCAACGCCCUCCGCAAGCUCCCUUACAUGCGCCAUCCGUGGGAGCACUUGCUGGGGAUGGGGAUUGGUUCCGUCUUCGUCAACCAGCUUGUCAAAUGGGAUGCUCAGCUCCAGCAAGACCUUGACAAGAUGCUCCAGAAGGCCAAGGAAGCCAACGAGCGCCGCUAUUUCGAUGAAGAUGAGUAAUGCUUUUAGUAUCUUCAAACAAGAUCUUCCUGCCCUGAGCAAGUCUGCAAAUGCUUGAUUUUAUUUAGUUCUUCCUUGUUUUCAAGGUGAUUAACUCUUUUCUCAACGUUUUUCUCUUCUUUUCUUUUUUAAGUUCAAUGUAAGUUUUGGCAAUUUUAAGACGAAUCAACUGGUGCUGUACCUCUUGUAAUAAUGGGAAAACAAUUUAAAGAACUUGCCCAAUGUUUUUAAGCAGCCGGCCGUGCAUGGAUUUUGUUGGAUGGUAGUGACAUUGAUGAAACA